AUGCGGCUGCUUACGUUCGCGACGCACGACGACGUCGUCCUCAACAAUCUGCGGGCGGUCGACGAGUUUGCCACGUUCGAAGUGAUCGUGAAUUGCCAAAUCGUCCGGAAUCCCGUCGUUUGGGUUGUGCUGGCGCUUGAUAUUUGGCGUGGCAUGGCGAUUGCGACGGAGCGAGUCAGUCAUUUCGGUGUCUUGUGGUUUCGGGACCUGCAUGGCACUGCGCUGUCGGUCUAG